GGAUACAUGGGAUGCAAGAAACGGUCAGUGCUGAACCAGGACUUGAUAGUUUAAAUUUGUCUGAAUUUUUUUUAUUAUUUUAAAGAACUAUAUGGACCUUCUGAUUGAAAACCUAUUGAAAAUAAUAAAUACAUCAAGUGAGAACUGAAAGCAAGCACAAUAAACUGUGGAGAAACAGAUUUCUACCCACGAUGGGAUCCAGCUCCCUUACUUCACAGCAACUGCAAAUUGUGCUGAGAAUCAUACUGGUUUACCAGUUCUGCAAUGCAGUGAUGUCACAGUGCAGAAUUCUCAGAUGCAAUUCUCAGUUUGUGUCUGCUACAUCUCAUCUUGACGAUUCUUUGAAUGAAGACUUUUGUAUUGCCUUGCGCUCAUAUUCGUGGUGCACCCAACGAACUGCUUGGUUUUGCCGCGGGGACCUAAUCUACCAUUCUGCUGUGCAAGGAAUUGAGGAUUUAAUGAUCCAGCAUAACUGUUCCAAGGAUGGUAAAGUCUCAUUACCUCGACCGCACGUGCCAGCAGAUAAUCAAGAUAAUCUACACCUACCAGACACUUGCAAAUAUGAGAUGAGCUUUUACUACAAACAGCGCCAGAAACCAACCUACCUUUACUGUGGCAUCUUUGGGAACCUCCACAUUCGAACGUUUUACAAUGAUUUUCAGACAUGUCGAGUUCAGGGAGCGUGGCCGGUGAUUGACAACAAUUACUUAACCCUGCAACUGACUAAUGCACCAAUCGCACCACAUCAUAACAUUUCAGCAAUCAGCAAGGUUACUGCUAUUUUUAAGAACUCCAAGGAAUGCAUUGACCAGAAAGUGUAUCAAGCUGAAAUGGACAAUGUUCCAGCUGCAUUUGUGGAUGGUUCUGUAAAUGGUGGCUUAAGAAAUGGGGCAAACAGUCUGGUUAUCAAGAAAAUGUUGAGUACUGGCCACGUGGAGAUCCAAGCGAGUUAUAUUGGCACGACUCUGAUUGUGCGACAGGUGGGUCAGCACCUGAGCAUUGCCAUCCUCAUGCCAGAGGAAGUGGCAAGUUCACAUACAGAGGAUCAGGACCUACAGCUCUGCUUAACUGGCUGCCCUUUCAUUGAAAGGCUUCCCUGGACUACCCACCACCAUAAUGCACAAAGGGCCAAAGCCAAAUGCAAAGAGGGCCUGUUGGUUGAAGAUUACUACUUUGAAUGUUGUGUUUUUGAUAUCCUGGUGACUGGUAAUCCCAAUAUUUCCUUAGCAACAUUCAAGGCUGUGGAAGAUGCAAAAAUGUUAUACCCAGCCAAGGAUUUGCUUCAUGUGUUCAGGAACAGCUGGCCUGGUCGGCCGAUCCCUUCCUGCCUUCCACUGUUGGUUUCUGUGCUGUGGGUGCUCUUCUGCAACAAUAAUUUUUUCUUCUAAAUCCUGAGUGUCUAAGCACUUAGUCACUGGAUGAUGUUGCACAAGGAAUUUUAGUUUGGUUUAGAGAUACAGAGCGGAAACAGGCCCUUCAGCCCACCGGGUCCGCGCCGACCAGCGAUCCCCGCACAUUAACACUAUCCUACACACACGAGGGACAAUCUUUACAUUUACCUUUGGAGUGUGGGAGGAAACCAAAGAUCUUGGCAAAAACCCCACGCGGUCAUGGGAAGAACAUACAAACUCCGUACAGACAGCACCCAUAGUCGGCCUUCGAACCCGGGUCUCCGGCAUUGCAAGCGUUGUAAGGCAGCAACUCUACCGUUGAGCAACCAUGCCGCCCACUUGCCCGUUCAUUGCAUUUGACAUGAAAGUCAUUCAGCCUCUGCUCAGGGAUCCUCUGAGUAUCUGAAGCUUAACUCAUAUUUGAUUGUAGCUUCAGUUUUUGACUGCCAUUACCAACAACGUGGCAUAGGUCACAAUUUAUUGAGUAUAUGUUUCCAAGUAAACUUAGAUCAUUAUGAACACAGCCAUGGUGGUCUAAUCAGAUUAUCUAAUAUAUAUUCGCUUUUCAUAGAAGUCAAAUAUCCACUGUGUAUAGUUCUGUCAAACAGCUACCCAUACAUAAUCCAAUCAAAUGUUCACCAAGGCCUGUUUUUAGUUCAAAGACACUAUCCUGUACAGUUUUACUUUAUACACUAUCCUCCCCCAGGACAGACCAUCCUGUAGCUUUGAAGGUCGUGUAUGUAUUCCCCAUCAAUUUAGUAAUCCUGCAAAGAUAAUGCAAUAACCAUCCACAACACCUCAUGCUUUUAGUUGUUGAAUCUUUACGUUUUUCCCUCAGUUAAUUGUGUGAAAUACAGUAGUAGAAAUGUUUGCUGGCCAUUUAAAAUGUAACAACAAAAACCUUCUAUGACUAUGACUAUCUUUAAGAAAACUAAUCCCAAAGAAUGGAAUGGUAUUACAGGCUCCCACUCUCCCCCAC